AUGGCAUUCAUCAAGGCGGAGACUCGGUUGACGGACGAGGAGACAGGGAAGCAAAUACUGGUGGAGUCCAACUGCAACGACCAUCAUCCCUCCGCUCACCAUCCCUCGGUGGGUUGUUUAGCCGAGAGUUCGGCGGGAACUAGGAGUCGGCGUAGUUCGUUGAGUUCGCAACGUUUCGGCUCGUUUGUUAGUUACCGCCACUCGCGGAACAUCCAGUGCCAGUGCGGGUGCGCGCCCGAAAAGAAUGCGCACGAGCGGACUGCGAAGACUGUACACGACAGGAGCCAAAAGUGUCGCGGAAGUCCCCAAGGUUGCGGGUGCAGUCAUAGCGCCCAACGUGGCUGCGAGUGCGGUGACUGCGUGUGCGAUUGCUGCCGAGGUGUUGAUUGUCGAAAUGUUGAUUGCCGAUCAGAGUGCAACUGUCAGCAGAGGGCGGGAGUAUGUCAAUGCGGGUGUCAGGAAGUGAGUCACGGUACGAGCAGCCACCUGUGUUCGCCGACGGUUGUUUGCGCCCAUGGCUGUAAGCUUGGGCCUGCAGCAAACAUCCCUCAUCCGGCCGUAGUCGGAGGAGGACCCCGGUACAGUCCUUCCCCGGCAGUAGCUCUUCAGUCUCAGGCGGCUCCCGUCCAGUCGGCCACGAUGCGCCUGACCCAGCCGAUGGUGACUCAACCAAUGGUGACUCAACCAAUGGUGACUCAACCAAUGGUGACCCAGUCAAUAGUGACUCAGCCGAUGGUGACCGAGCCGAUGGUGACGCAAGCGAUGGGGACCCAGUCGGUGGUGGCUCAUUCGAUGGCGGCUCAGCAAUCUGCCGGUCUUCCGCCCGCGAGUCGAGGAGGACGAUGGGUACCGAUCAUCCAGCCGAUCAGCCGAGUUGACUCCACCCAGUAUGGAGCUCAGACCACCCAGUAUGGAGCUCACCAGUAUGGAGCUCAGACCACCCAGUAUGGAGCUCAGACCACUACUCCCUUGCCGGUGGCUGGGUCUGGUUACAUGCAGCUUACCAUACCCGCGAAGGGAACGGUACAUAUCCCUUAUAUUUUUUGA